AUGCAUGGAGAGCAGCAGCAGAGCACCCACAGGGUGUCGAUCGUGAGUGAGGCCGGGCAGGGCACGCUGACCAUCCGGGACGUGAAAGAAGCCGACCAAGGCGCCUACACCUGUGAGGCCAUCAACACCCUGGGCAUGGUCUUCGGCAUCCCCGACAGCAUCCUCACUGUCACCCGCCCCGGGCCAUGCCCCGAGGGCCACUUCCAGGUGACGGGGACAUCCCGCUGCCUGCCCUGCUUCUGCUUCGGUGUCACCACCACCUGCCGUGCCACCGCCCGCCACCGCCUCCACCUCCGCUUCGACCGCCCCGACGACUUCAAGGGUGUCAACGUGACGGUGCCGGCCGCGCCGUCCUCGCCGGUGCUCUCGGCCACCCAGCUCCACGUGGACGUGGGUGCUGAGGAAUUCCAGCUCCUGGAUCUGUCCCGACGCUUCCUGGCUCUCGAUGCCUUCUGGGCACUCCCAGAUGCCUUCCUUGGGGACAAGGUGGAUGCCUACGGGGGAGCGCUGAGCUAUGGGGUGCGGUACCGGCUGGGGCGGGGACCCCCUGAGCCCACUGCCAGUGGUGGCGGGCGGGUGAUGCCAGUGGUGGCAGGUGGGUAAUGCCACUGUUGGCAUCACCCUGGGGUGACACCAAUAUCUCUAUCCUGGCAGGACCACUGGGAGGAUGAGGAGGGUGCCCCGGUGAGCCGGGAGCUGCUGCUGCUGGUUCUGCAGGGGCUGGAGGGCAUCUUCAUCCGGGCAGUCUACGAUGGGCGCAUGGCCAGCGUGGGGCUCAGCGACGUGGCCAUGGACGUCACCGGCUCCGGUGACACCGGCCUGGGGCCUGCUGGGGAUGUCGAGGAGUGCAGGUGACCACUGGUAGCAAGAUGGCGGGCUCGGUGCCUCCGCUGCCACGAUGCCACCAUCACGCUGCUGUGUCCCCAGGGGCGGCUGUGCGACGCCUGCGCCUCCGGCACCUUCCACCUGAGCGCAGCCAACCCUGAGGGCUGCCUGCAGUGCUUCUGCAUGGGUGUCUCGCGGCACUGCGCCAGCUCCGCGUGGAGCCGCCACCAGGUCCUCCUCACUGCUGAGGAGACGCCACCACUCAGCCUGGCCAACCUGGCCGGCACGCAGACGGUGGGCGACGGCGCCCGCUUCACAUCCCCGCGGGAGCUGCUCUUCGCUGGCUUCCAGGCGCUGCCCCGUGACGUUUACUACUGGGUGCUGCCCGCGCCCUUCGCUGGGGACAAGGUGACAUCGUACGGUGGUGAGCUGCGGUACACGGUGACGCACCGGGCACCAGCGGGCGCCCAACCUUUGCUGCGCCGGCCUGAUGUCCUGCUGCAGGGCAAUGGCAUCCUCCUGGAGCACUUCUCUGAUGCCAACCCUGCCUCCGGCGUCCCCACCACCGUCAUUGUGCCCUUCCCAGAGCCGGGUGUCCCCGACGGGCAGUGCCAGUGUGACCCCCGUGGCAGCACCGGAGAGGGCUGUGACGCUGCCGGGCAGUGCCACUGCAAGGCCAACGCAGAGGGUCCCCACUGUGCCACUUGCCGUCCCCACCAUUUCCACCUGAGUGCCAGCGAGCCGGCCGGCUGCCUGCCCUGCUUCUGCAUGGGCAUCGUCCAGCACUGCGCCAGCACCACCUACGCCCGUGGCACCGUCCGGACGCCCUUCUCCACCGGUAAUCCCCAGGGAUUCGCCCUGGUGAACCGGCAGCGCAGCACCCGGGUGGGCACCGGCUUCCGGGUGGAGCCAGGCACCCCCCAGCCCCGCUUGACCUAUGACCGUUUCGGGGAGCUACCCCCCGACUCCUACUACUGGCAGCUGCCCCCCCCCUACCAGGGGGACAAGGUGGGCUCCUACGGCGGCCGCCUCCGCUACACCCUGACCUAUACCCCAGGGGGGCAGGGAGCCCCCCUGCCUGACGCCGACAUCCAGAUCACAGAUUGUGCCCCUGGUUAUACCCGCACCGGAGGGGGGCUGUACCUGGGGCACUGCGAGCUCUGCGAGUGCAACGGGCAUUCGGAGAGCUGCCACCCCGAGAGCGGCGUCUGCUCCGGAUGCUUGCACAACACGGCAGGGGAUUUCUGUGACCAAUGUGCCCCUGGUUUCUACGGGGACGCCACUGCCGGUACCCCUGAAGACUGCCAGCCCUGUGCCUGUCCCCUCCCGUACCCCGAAAACCAGUUCUCCAGGACCUGUGAGAGUUUGGGAGGCGGCGGCUAUACCCGCCCUGCUACGCUCACCCUGAUACACCCACCCCAGUAUACCCACCCUGAUGGGAUCACCCCACCCUCUGAAGCCGGCGUCUCCAUCUGCUCCUGCCGCAACCUACGGCACAGCAAUGCCAGCCGCGCUGAGGUCAUCGUCACCGGCACACUGCCGCCGCGGGCGGUGGUCCAGGGAGGGACGCUGCGGAUCGGUGCUGUCGAGCCCGCCGAUGAGGGGCACUAUGCGUGCCGGGCGCGCAGCAGCGCCGGGCAGCACACAGCACGGGCCUUCCUCCAUGUGCAAGGGACAGCACCACCCGUCCGCAUCGAGUCCUCGUCCCCAUCUGUCGCCGAGGGACAGACCCUGGACCUUGACUGCCUGGUGGCAGGAUCCGGCCCCGCCACCGUGACGUGGUACAAGCGUGGUGGCUCCCUGCCCGCCGGCCACCAGGUUUCAGGGUCCCGGCUCCGUGUCCCCCACAUCACGGCUGCUGAUUCAGGGGAGUAUGUGUGCCGGGCGAGCUUGGGGACCACCGUCCGGGAGGCAUCUGUCAUCGUCACCGUUGUGCCCAGAUCUGGCUCAUCCUAUGGGCCACCGGCUUCAGGUGUCCCCGUCAGGAUCGAGGCAUCCUCGUCCACCGUGGCAGAGGGGCAGAGCCUGGAACUCAACUGUGUGGUGGCCGGGCAGGGACAGGCCACCGUCACCUGGUACAAGCGCGGGGGGGCCCUGCCAGCCAAGCACCAGGUGUCUGGCUCCCGGCUGCGGCUGCUGCAGGUGACAGCGGCUGACUCAGGCGAGUACGUGUGCCGGGUGACCAGCGGGGCCACCACCAAAGAAACCGCUGUCAUGGUGACAAUCCAGCCCAGCGGGGCCAGCACCUACACCCCAGGCAGCACAACCCCCCUGCGCAUCGAGUCCCCGUCCUCCGCCGUGGCUGAGGGCCAGACUCUGGACCUCAACUGCGUCAUCGCCAGCCCUGCGCAGGCCACCGUCACCUGGUACAAGCGCGGGGGGUCCCUCCCAGCCAAGCACCAGGUAGGGAACAGAGAGGGGGAUGUCCCCAAGGGGGGCGAGUACGUGUGCCGGGUGACCAGCGGGGCCACCACCAAGGAAACCUCCAUCAUGGUGACAAUCCAGCCCAGUGGGGCCACCCCAGGCAGCACAACCCCCCUGCGCAUUGAGUCCUCAUCCUUGUCAUCGCCCGUGGCCGAGGGCCAGACCCUGGACCUCAACUGCGUCAUCGCCAGCCCUGCGCAGGCUACCGUCACCUGGUACAAGCGUGGGGGGUCCCUCCCAGCCAAGCACCAGGUGUCCGGCUCCCGGCUGCGGCUGCUGCAGGUGACAGCAGCUGACUCGGGCGAGUAUGUGUGCCGGGUGACCAGUGGGGCCACCACCAAGGAAAUCUCCAUUGUGGUGACAAUCCAGCCCAGCAGGACGAGUGCCUACCCCGUUGGUGUCACCUCCCCAGUACGCAUCGAGUCCUCGUCCUCCUCCAUGGCUGAGGGACAGACCCUGGACCUCAACUGCAUCGUGGCCAGCCAGGGACAGGCCACCAUCACCUGGUACAAGCGUGGGGGGUCCCUCCCGGCCAAGCACCAGGUGUCGGGCAACCACCUGCGCAUCCCCCAGGUGACAGCGGCCGAUUCGGGGGAGUAUGUGUGCCGAGUGACAUUGGGCGGUGUCACACAUGAGACGUCCCUCAUUGUCACCAUCCAGACCGGUGCCGGCUCCUCUUACGCUGUCGGCGUCACACCACCAGUGAGGAUCGAGACCUCGUCUGCUGCCAUCAUAGAGGGACAGACCCUGGACCUCAACUGCAUGGUGGCAGGACAGGGUCACCCCCACGUCACCUGGUACCGGCGCGGGGGGGCUCUGCCCCCCAACAGCCAGGUGGCUGGCACCCGCCUGCGCCUCGUCCAGGUGGCAGUGGCCGAUUCGGGGGAGUACGUGUGCCGGGUGACGCUGGGGACUGUCACGCAGGAGGCAUCUGUCAUUGUCACUGUGCCUGGCAGUGCCGGCACCUAUUAUCCCUCUGGCGUCUCCCAGCCCCUCCGCAUCGAGUCGUCAUCCUCGGCCAUCGCUGAGGGACAGACGCUGGACCUCAACUGCCUGGUGGCAGGAUCCGGCCCUGCCACCGUGACGUGGUACAAGCGCGGCGGCUCUCUGCCCGCUGGCCACCAGGUGUCGGGCACCCGCCUGCGCAUCCCCCAGGUGACGGCAGCCGAUUCAGGGGAGUACGUGUGCCGCGUGACAUUGGGGGGCGUCACGCAGGAAACGUCCCUCGUUGUCACCAUCGAUGAUGGAGCCAACCCAUCCCACCGUGAGUCCACCGGUGUCACACCGCCCAUCCGCAUUGAGUCCUCCGCGUCCUCCGUCACCGAGGGACAGACCCUGGACCUUGACUGCGUGGUGGCUGGCCAGGGACAGGCCACCAUCACCUGGUACAAGCGCGGGGGGUCCCUCCCAGCCAAGCACCAGGUUUCGGGGUCCCGCCUGCGGCUGUCACAGCUCUCGGUGGCCGAUUCAGGGGAGUAUGUGUGCCGGGCGGACACAGGCAGCUUCUCCCGUGAGGCCACUGUCACCAUCACCGUCACCUCCCAUGACAGCUCCAGCUACCGUCUGCAGAGCCCCAUCAUCUCCAUCGACCCGCACAGCAUGGCGGUGGCACCGGGUGAGGAUGCCACCUUCAAGUGCCGCAUCCAUGACGGUGCCCGGCCCAUCAACAUCACGUGGCGAAUGGGACCUGGCCAACAUCUCCAAGACAAUGUGAAGAUCAGCACCAACGGCUCAGUCAUCUCCAUCACCGGCGCCCAUGUGGGCAACCAGGGUGCCUACCACUGUGUGGCCUCCAACCGCUUUGGUGUCGCCAGCAGCGUCGUCAACCUCCUGGUGCAAGGUGCCCCCACGGUGUCGGUGAUGCCACCGGGCCCGGUGACAGUGAAGGAGGGCAAAUCCAUCAGCCUGGAGUGCCUUGGCCGGGGUGAACCGCGGCCGCUGGUGCGCUGGAGCCGGCUGGGCUCCCGGCAGAAGGUGGAGCACCAAACACUGCUGCACAUGGACAGCCAGGCCAUCCUGCAGCUCUCACCGGCCAAGCCGGAGCACGCCGGGACCUAUGUCUGCACGGCACACAGCGCCUUGGGUUCGGCGCAAGCCCGGGUGGACGUCAACGUGGAGACAACACAGCGGCACCCCGGUGCCCCUGAGGUCACUGCGCCGCCCGCUGUCACCGUGGUGGCUGGGGACACUGCCACGCUGCAUUGCACGGCCAGAGGCGAGCCGGCACCCCGGAUCGAGUGGUCGAAGCUGCGGGCGCCCCUGCCCUGGCAGCACCGGGUGGUGAACGGCAGCUUGGUCAUCCCCCGCGCCGCACAGCAGGACUCGGGCCAGUACAUCUGCAACGCCAGCAGCCCUGUCGGCUCCGCCGAAGUCUUCGUCACCCUCGACGUGGAGAUGCCACCGUACGCCACCAGCCUGCCGGAGGAGACCGUGGUGCGUGCUGGCGAUGCACUGCAGGUGCAGUGCCUGGCCCAUGGCACCCCACCACUGCUUUACGCCUGGGACAAGGUCAACGGCAGCCUCUCGGCACGCGUCAUCCACCGUGCCGGCCUCCUCCGCAUCAGCCCAGCAUUGCCGGCUGACGCUGGCACCUACCGCUGCCUCGUCACCAACCGCGUUGGCACCGCCGAGGCCUUCGCCCACGUGGCUGUCCACGGUGAUGCUGGUGACGGUGGUGACGCCAGCAGCAGUCCCUUGACCGUACGGGUGACGCCAGGGAGCCUUGUCAAGGGGGUGGGUGGCACUGCCGAAUUCGCCUGCACCGUCUCAGGGGACCCCCGGGCACGGCUGGAGUGGCUGAAGGAUGGCGGGGAGCUGCCCCCCACCCACAGCGUGCGGGACGGGGUGCUGCGGCAUCCCUCUCUCCCCAGGGCCCUGAUCAACAUCCGGACGGCAGUGCAGACGGUGCUGGCAGGGACGGCAGUGGAGCUGGAGUGCCUGGGCCUGGGCGAACCCCGUCCCCAUGUCACCUGGAGUAAAGUGGGGGGACGUAUCCGACCCGGGGUGCUGGUUCGCGCCGGCACCCUCACCAUUGAACGGGUAGAACGGGCAGACGCCGGGCAGUACCGCUGCACCGCCGCCAAUGCCGUGGGCACCGUCCAGUCCCACGUCAUCCUCCACGUGCAAGCCACCCCCCAAAUUGCCGGGCAGCCGGAGGUGAAGGAGGUCUCGGUGGGUUCGGCGGCUGUUUUGCCCUGCUUGGCAUCUGGCUUCCCAGUGCCGGAGAUCACCUGGAGCAAGCGGGGGGGGGCGCUGCCAGUGGCUGCCAGGGUGGAGGGGAACGUCCUGACGCUGCCAGCUGUGCGCCACGAGGACGCCGGCGUCUACGCCUGCGCCGCCGCCAACCGCCGUGGCCAGGAGACGGCUUACUACGUCCUCAAGGUCCGAGAGCGCCUGGUGCCCUAUUUCGGGCAGACGCCCCGCUCCUUCCUCCCCCUGCCCACCAUCAAGGAUGCCUACAAGAGGUUUGAGAUCCUCAUCACCUUCCGACCUGACGCCGCUGACGGGCUUCUCCUCUACAACGGGCAGAGGAAAACCAGCGGCGCCGACUUCAUCUCCUUCGGUUUGGUGGGCGGCCGCCCCGAAUUUAGGUUUGAUGCUGGUUCGGGCAUGGCCACCAUUCGGCACCCGACGCCGCUGCGGCUGGGCGAGUACCACACUGUCCGCCUCCUCCGCAACCUCACCCGGGGUUCGCUGGCACUGGAUGGGCACCCCCCGGUUAAUGGGACCUCCCAGGGGAAGUUUCAAGGGCUGGAUCUGAACGAGGAGCUGUACCUGGGGGGGUACCCCGAUUUCGGUGCCCUGGCUAAGACGGGGCUCAGUCGUGGCUUCAUGGGCUGCGUGCGCCAGCUCCGCAUCCAAGGGGAGGAGGUGGCCUUUGGGGACAUGGACCUGCAGGCGCACGGUGUCACCAGUUGUCCUACCUGCCAGGACCGGCCAUGCCAGAACGGCGGCGUGUGCCAGGACGCCGAGAGUGGUACCUAUGUCUGCCGCUGUCCCCACGGCUUUCCCGGCCGGCACUUUCCCCCAUGUCCCUCCCUGGAUGGGUACUCACAGUGUCACCCUACAGAGGCAUGCGGGGCUGAUGCCACCUGCGUCAACCGGCCAGACGGGCAGGGCUAUACCUGCCGCUGCCACCUGGGCAAGGCUGGGGAGAGGUGCACCGAGGGUGAGGCAGUGAGUGUGCCGUCCUUCGGCGAGGCGGGCGCCUUCGUUUCCUACCCGCCCCUCACCAACGUCCACCACGAGCUGCGGGUGGAGGCUGAGUUCCUGCCGCUGGCACCCGAUGGGCUCCUGCUCUUCAGCGCCGGCAAAGCCGCCCCCGUCGAGGACUUCGUUGCCUUGGCCAUGGCCGGCGGCCACCUCGAGUUCCGCUACGAGCUGGGCUCAGGCCCAGCGGUGCUCCAGAGCACCGAGCCGGUGACACUUGGCCGCUGGCACCGAGUGAUGGCUGAACGGGUGCACAAGGAUGGGACGCUGGUGGUGGAUGACGCUGCCCCGGUGAAACGCUCCUCGCCCGGCAAGAGCCAAGGCCUCAACCUACGCUCCCCCCUUUACUUGGGUGGCACCGAACCCCCCCUGCGCCCCCCGACCAAUGCCUCCUUCCGGGGCUGCAUUGGGGAGGUCUCCAUCAAUGGGAAGAAGGUGGAUUUGUCCUACAGCUUCCUGCGGAGCCGGGGUGUGGGGCAGUGCAGGCAGAGCUCACCCUGCCUGCACGCUGCCUGCCUGCAUGGGGGCCGCUGCCUGCCCCUGCCUGCCGGCUCCUCUGCCUACCGCUGCCUCUGCCCGCCUGGCUUCAGCGGGCCACGCUGUGAGCGGGAGGAGGACCGCUGCCUGCACCGCAACCCCUGCCUGCAUGGUGGCACCUGCAAGGGCAACGCCUGCCUCUGCCCGCAGGGCUACACCGGCCCCUACUGCCAGCACAGCUUGGCACUGGCGGAGCUGGACCAGGACUGGCAGGAAGGCAGUGGGGGUGGUGGUAGGUCCUCACACCCAUUUCCCCCCGCUUUUGCACCCAAAAGCGAUGCCACGGGUGUGGCACCUGGCCCACCCAAGGCGCCCGAGACCAUCGAGCUGGAGCUGAGGACAGGCAGCGCUGGGGGGCUGCUGCUGUGGCACGGGGUGGAGCCCAAUGAGGGUGGCAAAGCCAAAGACUUCAUUGGCCUUGGCUUGAAGGAUGGGCACCUAGUGUUCAGCUACCAGCUGGGCAGUGGCGAGGCCACCAUCGUUUCCGAAGACCCCAUCAAUGAUGGCGAGUGGCACCGGGUGACGGUGACGAGAGAGGGCCAGCGCGGGCAGCUGCAGGUGGACGGGGAGGAGCCGGUGAGCGGGGAGUCGCCAGGAGCCAACGUCAUGGCCAACACCCAAGGCAGCAUCUACGUGGGUGGAGCCCCAGACCCCCGCAGCCUGACGAGGAACUGCCGAGGGAACCCCAACUGUCUGGUGGGCAUCGGGGAGCACGUCUGGCUGGGAGAGAUAGACGAGAACAGCUUCCACAACAUCGACGACCCAAACUGCGAGCGCCGCAAGAAGCUGGGGAAUUUGAGAUGUGGCCGUUUGUACGAUGCCAGAGCGGCAUUUUCCCAACAAACAGCUGUAAAGCGGCCGCCCCAACUGCUGGAUUUCUGCUUGCUCCUCCGCAGCGGCAAGUGA